AGAGAGAUAAAUGUUUGCUUGUGACAAAGGCUUUUGUCACUUCCAUUGUCACCUGCCGUCCGAUGCCGUAGCGGAGUUCCAACUCAGACGCGUUGGUGGCAACGCGUCUGGACGCGUCUACUUGCCGCACGGAUGGCGCGCACUCGAGUCGGUGGGAAGCGGAAAGGUCCCCGAGAUCCCACCAAAGAGGCUCGCAUUCAAGCCGCCAUCCAGGAUACCUUGACUGGUGUUCAUGGCAGUUUUCGCAGUGCUGCCAUAGCUCACAAUGUACCCCCACAGACUGUGCGAGAUCGUGCGGCAGGCAAACACCAUACUCGACGCUCAUUCCUCAACAAGAAAAAGUUGGACGAAGAAGCUCGUAUCGCACGCAUUCACAACAGCAUCACGAUGAGGACAUUUGAUAGUCCCUUCACAUCAUACAAACGGAAAGAAGAUCUCGAAGCACUUGCCGGAGCACUCGGACUCUCGAGAGACGGAAAAAUCGCUGAUCUUGCUGCACGGAUCAAAGCUCACUUGGAAGAUCCUGACACUCGCACAGCCCUUGCAGAUAAUCCUCGAUUUUCGGUGCUAUAUGGUUCAAAACGACGCACUGGCAGGCCUGUUGCCGUUGCCGUUGCCAACCCAACUUCGAAUGAAAACUCAACACCUUCAGCAAGUACUCCUCUCCCCACGGCAGCCAACAAUAUGUUCUACCCGCAGCCACCAUUUUUUCCGCAAAUGCAAGGAUCUCUCCCCAUUCCUUAUCCAAACCACCUACAUCAUGUUGGCCCCGCUGUACUCUCAACAACCGCUCCUGUCAUAUCUACAUCAUCACAGCCAUUGCUGUCUGGGCAUCCUAAUAGUCUCCCUUUUCAUUACUCCGGCAACUCGCAAUACAUAUUCAAUUAGAUUACUACAUACUAGCCACUGGUACACUCGUAUAUAUCUUCCUAAUAUCUAAUCCACAGCGUGUCCAGCGGACUGCGAAAUCGGACAGUGUGACUAUUCCGUGACUUUCCGUGACAUUUGCGUGACUGCACGAAAUGUGGGACUGCACGAGUGAGUGGUAACCAAUAGUAUUUGGCAACAUUCCGCAGGCGUUUAUGUCAAGAUCGGCGCCAGUAGUCUGACAUUAGUCAAUGAGAACUUCGGUUGCAGUAUCACGUAAGGGUGAGGGUGUAUGAACG